UAACACACACAUACACAGAGCUCUUGCAUACAACCCUCCCCACCACCACCACCCCUCCCUCCCUCCAAUCUCUCUCUAAAAAAAAAUCCCCUUGCAGAGAUCCUGUCUCAGUGCUAGCGUGGAGAUCUGAAGCAGCAACAUGUGAACCAGAACCCUCCCUCAGUUUGUGAGCAGCGGGAGAGACCAUGGAGAAAGCUCUGUGCAAUUAUCAGAAGAGCUAUGAGCUGUGCAGGCAAGAGCAUAACGAGUGCUGCGAGAGGGUGGUCAUCAAUGUGUCUGGCCUCCGCUUCGAGACUCAGGUCAAGACCCUCCGGCAGUUCCCAGAUACCCUCCUCGGGGACCCCCAGAGGCGAAUCCGCUAUUUCGACCCCCUCCGGAAUGAGUACUUCUUCGAUAGGAACCGCCCCAGCUUCGAUGCGAUCCUGUACUAUUACCAAUCCGGGGGCAGGUUGAAAAGACCAAACAGUGUCUCCCUGGAGGUCUUCAUGGAGGAACUCCGGUUUUACGAGUUGGGGGACGAGGCCAUGACCCGCUUCCGGGAGGACGAGGGUUUCAUCAAAGAGGAGGAGAAGCCAAUGCCUACUAAUGAGUUCCAGAGGCAGCUCUGGCUGCUCUUCGAAUACCCCGAAAGUUCACCCCCUGCCAAGGUGGUGGCCAUCAUCUCAGUGCUAGUCAUUCUGAUCUCCAUCGUGGUCUUCUGCUUGGAGACCCUGCCUGAAUUCAGGGACGAGCAGGACCCUACCUUGGCCAUUCACCCCCACCGGGGCAACAGCACCCACCUGGACGAAAUGGGCAACCCCUUCCACGACCCCUUCUUCGUGGUGGAGACCAUGUGCAUCUGCUGGUUCUCCUUUGAACUCUUCCUGAGAUUUAUCGUCUGCCCCAGCAAGCCAGGCUUCUUCAAGGACAUCAUGAACAUCAUCGAUUUUGUGGCCAUCAUCCCUUACUUUGUGGCGCUGGGCACCGAGUUUGCCAGGCAGCGCGGGGUGGCACAACCCGCCAUGUCUCUGGCCAUCCUCAGGGUCAUCCGUUUGGUCAGGGUCUUCCGGAUCUUCAAGCUGUCGCGGCACUCCAAAGGCCUGCAGAUCCUGGGCCAGACCCUGAAAGCCAGCAUGCGGGAGCUGGGCCUGCUCAUCUUCUUCCUCUUUAUCGGGGUCAUCCUGUUCUCCAGCGCUGUCUACUUCGCUGAAUCCGAGGACAAGGACACCAUCUUCACCAGCAUCCCUGAGUCCUUCUGGUGGGCCGUCGUCACCAUGACCACUGUGGGCUACGGAGACAUGUACCCCAGCACCCUCGGAGGCAAGAUUGUGGGAUCCCUCUGUGCCAUUGCUGGUGUGCUCACCAUCUCCUUGCCAGUGCCCGUGAUAGUCUCCAAUUUCAGUUACUUCUACCACAGGGAGAUCGAAAGCGAGGAACAAACCCACUAUUCGCAUGUGACGACCUGCCCUUACCUGCCCCCGAGCCCCAAAACGCAGUCAGUGACGGGGAAAAGCCAGGAGGUGGAGGAUGAGUUUAUUGACAAUCUCUGUACGCCUCUACAGAAUGACAUGUUGGAUGGUUUUUGUCCCACUGACAGUGGGAUUCCAGAGUCUACCAGCUCACCAAACAGGAAACCCAUGGUCACACAAGUUUGACUCUGUUUAUCCACCCCCAAAGUUUCUGAAGUUGCUUUAAACAUGAAUGCGAUCAAAAGAAAUGAAAAAAAAAGGCAACACUUAAAAGCUCCACUUAACUCCAGGGUUUGUUUGGUUUACAUCCAACCAUGGGUUUUGGGCAGGUAUGGGGGGGGCGGGGGUAGGUUUGGCGAUGGUCAUUGUAUCUGGAUGACAGUAAGUUCAUACUUAAAGAGAGAGAGACAGAGCAAGCCUGUAAAAAUUCGCACAACACCAAGUCUUACUUGCUGGCUUGUGUUUUUUUUGGGGGGGAGGGUGAGGAAGAGCGGGCUGUCGGCGUCGGUAUUUCCCUUCAAGGUAGGAGGAUUCUGUUCGGGAUGAGAAGUGGCAGUGAGCUCUCUGCAGCCUCGGAUUGUAAAAGGAAACUGGCAACUUGUUUCUCCUAGUGGACCGUCCUAUUUAUUGUUAUUUUUUUACCAAGUGUGCCAGGUUCGAAAUGCAUGGGUAUUUGCUAAUAUUUAUUUAUCCAGAAUAAACAAAAAAAGGACUUGG